AUGGCUUUUGUCAUAAAGCUGGCCAACACACCAGGCCUCCCUCGCAUCAGUCACCAGCUUCAAUUACCAGUUUUCCGGAGCCGAGCCAUCAGGCAGCCUGACACCGGGGUCCGGCCUAAUUCCCACCUUCUCCAGAGUCAAGAGCAUAAUGUGCGGAUGAAAAGAACAGAGAAUCCACUACAAACUUCCAGGAACCCCAAACAGCGCAUUUUCUGCGCUCCAGCUACCAGUGCACAACAUGGCACUAGCAGUGACAGACUUCUAAAGGACAGUCUGUCUGGAAGGCUGUGGUGCAAGGCCACUUUUGCUGGCUAUAAGCAAGGUGUCCAGAACCAGAGAGAGCACACAGCUCUCCUUAAAAUUGAAGGCGUUUAUGCCCGAGAUGAAACUGAAUUCUACUUGGGCAAGAGAUGCGCUUAUGUGUAUAAAGCAAAAAACAACACAGUGACACCUGGAGGCAAACCAAACAAAACCAGAGUGAUCUGGGAGAAAGUAACUCGGGCCCAUGGAAACAGUGGCAUGGUCCGUGCCAAAUUCCGAAGCAACCUUCCUGCAAAAGCCAUUGGACACAGAAUCCGUGUGAUGCUGUACCCAUCCCGGAUUUAAACCAAUGAAAAGUAAAUAAAUAAAAGUGGAUUUGUGCUCUUGUA